AUGUUUCAGAUAAAAAGCGUUGGACCGAAGCUGGUGCCGUUUUUUAAAAGCGUGUCCGUGUAUUUUGUAUUACUCGCUGAGCAACCAUCCCUGCUGACGGCGUGUUUCAAAUGCCUGCCGAUAAUAAGUCUCCUUAUUUUUGUUUUGUUACACGGGAUCAGUUUGUCCAAAGAAUAUACCUACUCCAGACGCAUAUUAACGGGAUUAGUGUUUAGUUGCAUAGGUGACGCACUAUUGGUGUGGCCUAAUUGCUUCACCGCCGGGAUGUGUAUGUUUGCCGUUGCGCAAAUUAUGUAUAUAUUUGCAUUUGGAUUCAAACCUCUCAAUUUAACGCUCGGGGCGAUACUAUACGUGGCUUGUGCAAUUGUUAUAUAUGCAUUGAUGCCUGGAUUGAACGGGGUUUUAGCAAUAGGAGUGCCAAUUUAUACAGUAUUACUUGUCACUAUGGCAUGGAGGGCCAUAUCGAGAGUACAAUUCUUUGAGGAGUUAUGGACAUGGACUAAAUUGUGCAGUUGUAUUGGAAGCAUUUGCUUCGUCAUAUCUGAUACUUUGCUCGGAUUUCAUUAUUUCCACAGUCCAUUACCUUAUUCUCAGGUAUCCAUUAUGUUGACAUACUAUGCAGCACAAUUAGGCAUAGCACUCAGUGUGGUAGAUUCGAAAAACAACAGUAAUAACAGAGUACCUGCUAGUAAAGGCUGAAAUAUUUAUUCUUAAUCGUUAUUCGGACAAACUUAUCUGCAGAUGCGAAAGCGGAUAUAAAAAGAGAUCUUUUUACACGUCUGCUUUAAACUGUGUGCAUAAUUCCAGUAGGACAAAUCGUUGUGAUAAUCGUCUCUGACAUGUUGAAUAUUUCAAAGCCAUAUAUUAUUGAAUGAGAUUCGUGGAGAGUCGGUGAUAGGAUGUUGUACCUUCGACUGUAGAAAUAGACUUAUAUUUCUUUUUGUAUUAUUAAUGCAAUGCAAAGAAGUGUCCUAUAGAGAUUUCAUACUAGCCACGUUUGUGGCUUCCUAUUUUUUGUAUAUGUAUGAGAAAAUAUACUAUUAAGGAUAGAUAUAAUGAAAGAGAAUGUUAGUUACUCUUAGAUAAAUAAUUUCUUAGCGGAAA